AAAACAAAUUUAUUAAUACAGUGUGUUUAAUCUAACUACACAAAGAGACACUGAGUACAAGUAAUGAGGCAUAAAAGUCAGAAAUGGUUACAAGAAAAAAGUAACUUGCCUAAUUUAAACUAAAUUCAUAGCAGUUUUUCUCACCACGUGCUCAACAGUCUUACUGGCCAAACUUCUUAGGUCAGGACCUCUUCUUCUAUUUAAUGACUGCUUCCUUUGUUCCUUCUGGUGCCAUGAAUCAAUGGAUAGAGCAAGGAGGAGGGUGUAUGCUGGGGUAUCUACCCCUUCUUUUUCUAGUCUGGUCUUCCCUUGGAGAACCAUUUCAAGCUGGGAGCAUGGUGGCUACAUGAACAGAAACUCCAUGCUGUUUCUUUGCUAAGUAGAUUUUUUCACCCUUGUCCCCUUUCUUGCCAAAGAAUAGUCACUUAGCAAGUAAUAGCCUGUUGGCCUUGUUUAUACCAGGCUGAGGUGUCAGCUUGCCCUUGGUCUCUGAGAAAUUGGUUUGUCCACUUUCCAGACAUGGAACAUAUUUUAGUAACACCACCCAAUGGAAUCUUAUAACCUUACAUACAGUGUUGCCACACAUUUUACCAGGACAGUAAUGACCAGCACAUUAGGAGUUUUGAAAUGAUACCUCACAAGCAUACCUUGUACAAAGAUUAUUACAAUAGUGUGAAUAUAGGGGUACAGUCUCACACUUCUCAAGUGGCUUGCCUACACUAAAAACAUCCUAUACAGCUUCAGAAACAAUACAGAGCACCUCUAGUAACUGCCACCAUAGGCACCAACUCAGUGGGUGCUCCGGGGCUGGAGCACCAAUGGGGAAAAAAUGGUGGGUGCUGAGCGUCCACUGGUAGGCCCCCUAUCAGCACCUCCCCCAGCACCUCCUGCCUGCCAGCAGGUCCUGCUGAUCAGCACCUUCCAUGCCUUCUGCCCAUCAUGAUCAGUUGUUUUGUAGUGUUCAGGAGGCUCUGGGGGGAAAGGGGAGGAGUGAGGACAUUGUGUGCUCAAGGGAGGGGAUGGAAAGAGGUGGGGCAUGGGCAGAGGCGGGGCUGGGGCAGAGCCAGGGGUCAGGCACCCCCCAGCACAUUGGUAAGUCAAUGCCUGUGACUGCCACACCCUAUUUAUGGAUCUUUCUGGACCAAGUGAUCAGUCCUACACUCUGCAGAUGCACAGAGACACAACAUCACAAUGUUUUAGGCUGCAACAAAAAUAAUUUCAGAUUACCUAUCAGACUGUCUUCACAACUUUGUGGCUAUCACAAUAAUGGAUUAAUAUUACCAUCAUAAUGGAAGAAAGGUGUAAACACAACAAAUGGCCACUUUACUUCUGAAUGAAAGCAUCCACACAGGGGGUUAAGAUGCUGUUGUAACCCACACACCUCCUAGGUGUGGUGUUCCCCUAUAUAUAUAUAAGAGAGAUGGCUUUUUCUCAUGCAGUAGCGGCUCAUGCACUAAGCUCCAGAGCUCCCAGGUUCGAUCCUGCCUAACAACCACUUAACUUCACACCUUUACUGUCACACAAUCUAGAUCAGGGAUCUCAAACUCAAAUCACCAUGAGGGCAAUAUGAGGACUAGUACAUUGGCCCGAGGGCCGCAUCACUGAAACCUUUUCAUACAAUGAUACAAAAGUUUUGUCAAAAAUGAAGAGUAAUAUAGUUUGCUAUUAAAAAUCAAUGUAUUCACUUUUUAAAAACUGUAAUGCAAAGAGGGGUUUUAAUAAAAUAUAAACACCUGCAAUUAUUCCUUAUGUGGUCAGUAAUAGUGAUGAUGAUCUACACUAACAGUCUAUCAACAAAGCUAAUGGCAGGAACUUUUUGAAGUAACUAUUCAUACAAAAUACAUUGCCACUUUUAACAAACAAUCUUCCCAACUACUCACAGCACAGAAUAAUACAUGCUGAACUUCAUACCUCAGAUUGCUCGUCUAAUCCAUGAGGCCCUGCCCUACCCAGUCUCUUCCCGCCCCCUCCCUGCCCCUAUUCUAACCCCUUCCCCAAAUCCUCAUCCCAGCCCCACCUCUUCUCUGCCUCUCCCCAGAGCGCACCGCAUCCCUGCUCCUCCCUCCUGGAAAGUCCUAAGCACAGCCAAACAGCUGUUUGGCAGCAGGAAGCACUGGGAGGUAGGCAGAGGAGCGGGGAUGCGGCACACUCAGGGGAGAGGAGUUGGAGGGGGGCAGGGGGUGAGGUUAGCUUGGCUGCUGGUGGAGUCGGCGCCUAUGGCAGGCCGCAGGAAAUAACUCCAUGGGCCGCAUGCACCCCGCGGGCCACGUAUUUGAGACCCCUGAUAAUCUCUCAAUAAGGGAAGAGAAUAGGGGGGAGGAUAUCUUAACUCAUUUAGUAUAAAAUGCUUUUAACUGAUUUUCCAUGACACCUGUACAAAUGGGGGUCUGCAGAUAUUAAGGCUAUGUCUACACUAGCACUUACUGCAGAUUAAUUUAUGUUGCUCAGGGGUAUGAAAAAGCCAUCCCCCUGAGAGACACAAGUUACAACAACCUAAGUGCUGGUGUAAACAGUACUAUGUUGGCGGGAGAGCUUGUCCUGCUGACAUAGCUACUGCCACUCACAGGGCUGGAGUAGUUAAGCCAAUGGGAGAGCUUUCUCCUGUCGGCUUAGAGCAGUUACAUUACAGAGCUUAUAGCAGUGCAGCUGCAUUGCUGCAGUUCCCCCGCUGUAAACUGUCUAGUGUAACCGUAGCCUCAGACACAAAUCUCUCUAAAGGCAAAGGAGCAGCGUUAGCCACACAAUCAGCAUCAGAGAUGUCAAGCAAUGAAUAAUAAUAGUUCAUUUAACAUCUCAGUCAUCAGUAGAGUCUGUGUCCUCAGUUCUAAGAAAACGUGAGUUUUUACCAUGGGGUAACAAACAUGCAGUAGCUAUCCCACUGUAAAACAUGGUAGAGACAAGACACUUUAGUUUCACCAAAAGGCAAACUAGGUGAGGUCUGCACCAGAUCUCCCGUGCCCACCCAUCCAACCAACGCAAAGGAGGAACAGGAUAAUUCAUUUUUUAAAAAAAUCCUUGAUUUUGGCAGCACAGCGCAGUAAACUUGUCAAAACGAAGAACAUCACUAAAAUAUAUCAUAUCAACAUAUGAAGCAUACAUAAAAGGCUAAGAAAUUAAAAUAUGCAUACACAAUUCAGUAGAAAUGUUAACAUUUAUGUAUGUAACCAAUGAGGCAAUAAAAGAGUGAAGUGUGCACUUCAGUGUUUGCAGGAUGGCAAAUUACUUACAGAAAUAAGGGUUUUUAAUAAGUUUUAUUUUACAAAAAAAUCACAUCUUACUGGAAGUCCAACACAGCUCUGAAUGUUACUGGAAUGUACAACUGUUUUAGGUAUAUGGAUUCUUUGGGAGAGGUAACAGAAAAAGUAUGAAGCUAGUGCGCCCUAGAAUCAUAGAAUAUCAGGGUUGGAAGGGACCCCAGAACAUCAUCUAGUCCAACCCCCUGCUCGAAGCAGGACCUAAAGGCUCAGAAACAAAAAGGCAAAUUAAAAGAACCUAAAAAUGUAUUUAUUUAUUUUAAUUUAGUGAUUUUGGGUCCAUAACUCAUGAUUUUUUAAUACUUGUGGUUGUAUACUUAUAUUUAGAAAAAAUUACAACAGAAAUUUACAUUUGAGAAGGAUUUCACAGAAGAUAGUAUAGUGCCUUCUCGGCCAGAUUUUUAAAGGUAUUUAGGUGACUAGUGGGACUUCCAAAAGCAUCGAGGCACUUUCAACCUUUAAAAAUCUGACCUGCAGAGACUGUUUGCAAAUCAAAUUCUACACAUAAGUGGUAACGUGACAAAGGAGGAGGGUGCCGGAUAACAAGACAAAAUAAUGGUUGACAAAAGCAAUCCUGACUGGUGGAUUAAAUUUGACAUCAACCCUGGAAAUCAGUCAGCUUUGAUGUGAUAUGAUCCCAAAGAAUAAACUGGUGUACAAAAAAAAAUUGAAUUAAAAAUUAAUGUCACGAUACAAACAGGAAGUGCUACAUUAGAAACACUGAGCUGUGAUUGCUGAACCUACUAGCAAUCAUUUAAAAAUGAUUAUUACUCCUAAAAUAUCAUCUAAACGGCACAAUGACAUUCAUCUGCCAUGGAUUAACGAAGGUGAAGGAUGAAGUGCUAAGAGUAAUAAAAAUAACAUUUUAAAAAGUAAAGAAUUUAACAGGUGGGAAACUUGACUUCCAGGUGAUCACAAGAAAAAGGGCAGGCCAGUUCAGGGAGUGAGAACUGCAGCUCAGGCACGUUUUGUGAAGUGCGAUGAGGCUUUGUACAGACACAGAAACUGACAAGGGGUGCGUUUAAACACUGACCAGUCUCGUUUUCGUAGGGAGGGUGGGAGGGUAGUAGGAUAUGCCACUGAAUCACGUCUCCCUGAGCCGCUCAGCAGAGGACAUCAGAGAGGGCAGAGCUGCCUGGUCCAGGCAUGGGGAUGCGCUGUGCUUUGGAGAAGAGGGCCCUGGGAGGCGGGAGCUAAGACAUACUGUCCUGCGAUGAGGGGGAAUGGGGGGGAAGCCCCUCUGCCCCGCCUAGACCCCGUUCUCAACCCCAGCUCCGAAUCCUCCCGCCCCCCGUCCCGGAUGGUGCCCCUCAGCCCUUCCCCUGCCUCCAGGGGCCUGGCCAGCCGGGGCCACCACUUCGGGUCCCUGCCCAGAUCCUGCCCCUGCCCCCGGAGACCUGCCUCUCCAGGUUCCCGCGAGCGCCAAUACCCAGCUUAGGGCAGCGGCUUCAGCGGCUGUUACUGAGCAUGCUCACUUCACAUGCGCAUGCUCAGAACCGGCCGUCCCUCUCCUCUCUCUCUCUCUCUCUCUCUCUCUCUCCGGUGCUUGCCGUCAGGAAAUCUGGGCGACCCGCGUCGCGGCAGGCAGGGGCGGGGCAAGGAUUGGAAGCGCCGCUCGCUCCGCCGGCUGGUCGAGGCGGCGCUGCUGGGCGCAGCAAUGGGGCCGCGCCAGGGGAGGCCGAAGCCGAAGCCGGAGAGCUCGGCUCGGAUGUUCCCGCCGUGGGAGCAGGGGCAACGGCCGCUCCUCCCCGCGGUCCCGUUGAAGGGCUAGUAGCAGCGCCCCUUUCACGGUGCGAAUCAGCCCCUCCCCGCAGCCGUAGCGCCGCUCCCGCUCGCUGCACCUCCCUGCUCGUUGUCUCUCACUUCCUCCCUCCGUUCCCUUUCACUUCCGGGGUCAGAGUUGCCGCGGCUGCUACUCGGUAACCAGCCUUUGCCUGGAGCCCGGGCAGCGGAGCCGGCAGCCGCCCGCGCUCUCUGAAGGCCCUCCUCCCGCCAUGGCCAGUAACCCGCAGCCCCAGCCCCCUCCGCCGCCGCCCCCUCCGCCGCCCCCACAGCAGCAGCCGCCGCUGCCCGGGGCCUCUGGAGGGGGCGGCGCGGUGGAGCCCGAGCUGGUGUCCGUGAUCGUUAAUCACCUGAAGAGCCAGGGGCUGUUCGACCAGUUCCGCCGCGACUGCCUGGCCGACGUGGACACCAAGCCUGCCUAUCAAAACCUAAGACAACGUGUUGACAACUUUGUUUCCAACCACCUAGCAACUCAUACCUGGAGUCCUCAUCUCAACAAGAAUCAGUUGAGAAAUAAUAUUAGGCAGCAGGUUCUCAAGUCUGGAAUGUUGGAGUCUGGAAUUGACAGAAUUAUUUCUCAGGUUGUGGAUCCAAAGAUCAACCACACAUUCAGACCUCAGGUGGAAAAAGCUGUUCAUGAGUUUUUAGCCACAUUAAAUCACAAAGAGGAAGCAAGCCCCAGUACAGCCCCUAGUGAGGAAAAAGCAGAUGCUUCCAUCACACUACAAGGUGUUUCUACUACUGCUCCUAGUGCUAAUGUAGCUAGUGAUGCCAUGUCCAUUUUGGAAACAAUAACUUCUCUUAACCAGGAAGCAAGUGCUGCCAGGGCUUCUACAGAAAAUACAAAUUCCAAGAACAGUGACAGAACUUCAAAAAGACUCUCAUCUCAACAGAGUGUUGAUGGUAGCACAGAGAGAGAGCGAAACUCAGAAGACUUCCCAGACCAAGAGAAACCCAUUUGUGAUCCUUCAGAAGGGAGUGAAGCAGUUGCAAAGUGUGAAGAUUUAAAUGAACUCCCCUGUCCAAGUGAAGAAAUCAAAAAUUCAACAAAAGAUGUUAACAAUUUAAUUCAUCCAAGCAAAGAAAUUCUACAGGAAAGUGAUGACCAGAAAAGUAAAUUGACAGAUAAAGGUGACAGGAAACCAGAGAGCACUGAGAAAGGGGAAAGAAAAAAAGAGAAAAAAGAAAAGAAUGACAAGAGGUUUGACCAUUCAAAGAAGAAUGAUGAUGCCCUAAAGCCAAAAGAAGAGAAGCAAGUGAAAGAGAGAGAGUCAGAAUCAGUAAAACAGUUGGCUACUGAAAAAAGCAGCAGUAAACACAAGAUAACAGAAGGUGUAAAAGAAGAACUUAUUUUGGAGGAUUCAGACGUGGAUGUGCUCAGUGAUAUUACUGUUAGCUCUGUCCAUACUAGUGACCUCUCUUCCUUUGAAGAAGAAAGUGAAGAGGAAGCUGUGGUUUCCGAUAGCACUGAAGAAGGAGAGAUCACAUCAGAUGACGAAGAAGAGAAGAACAAUCAGAGUAAAACAAAGCCUCAGACUAAUGAGAUUUGUGAUGGAAAAGCCAAACCUGUGCGUCACGCAUACGUUCACAAGCCUUUUCUGUACUCCAAGUACUACAGUGAUUCCGAUGAUGAACGGACUGUAGAGCAACACCGUCAGUCUAUUGCCAGAGAAAAAGAAGAGAGACUCUUAAGGAGGCAGAUUAAUAGAGAGAGACUUGAAGAGAAGCGUAAACAGAAAGCUGCAGAGAAAACAAAGUCUCUGAAAAGUGGGAGUCAGGGUGCUGAAGGUAAAAGUGGCCUGAACUUGGAAGAGUCUUCGACAAAAGAUUUUGAACUGAAAGUUACCGGUACCAGCAUUAAGGAUGUUCUUAAAGAACAAAAGUUUUUAGAAAAAAAGGUAGCCCUGAGCAGGAAAAGAAAAAGAGAUUCCAGGUAUGUUGAAGAUAGUUGGCAAAAGAAAUAUGAGCAUCCUGAAGAAGAUUCCAAAGAAACACAAAAGACAAAUGAGACCUGUGAAAAAAUCCCUUCAAAGGAGCUGAAGCAUAAUCAUGGAAAAAGCGAAGUGACUAAGCCUGUUAGAAGAGUUUCAGACUCAGUACAUUCAACUGAGGAAAGCAAAAAUGAUCCUAAAGUGGAAAGAGAACAUAAAAGAAAAACAUCUACCUCUCUUCAGAUAGAAGGAACGCAGCAGGACACAGAAACAAAGGAUCCCAAAAAGCAACUGGACAGAGCUGAGAUUAAUACUGAUGAACUGCAGAGGCAGAAAUAUGCCUUUAAAAAUGAAAAACAUCUUAAAAAAGAUGAUACAGAAAUUCAAAAUUUGAGAAGUGUUCCCAAGAAAGAGCUGAAAUCAUUUAAAGAUAAAAAUGAAAAAGAAAGAACUCUUUCAGAAGAUAAAUUGUUAGUAAAACAUAAAUAUAAAGGAGACAGUGUACAUAAAAUAAGUGAUGAUAUUGACCUUCAUUCUUUUGAGAGAAGCUUGAAAGGUGAGGAUAGUGUUCAAAAACAUAAUCAACAAACAAAGGUUCCAUCAGAUGAUAAAUUUGAAAAAAAAAGUAAACACAGAAGUGAAAGGAAAACAUCAACGACUAGCAAAGAUGGAAAAAAUGUUUCUGAAUACACGUUAAAAAAUGAAGAAAUGUUGCGUAAAGAAAAUAACAAAAGAGACAGACACAUUUCAACAGAAAAGUCAAGAGCGGAAUACAAGUCCAAAAGGUCAUCAAGUGAUUCUAGGCCACAGAAGGAUUCUCAGGGUAAUUCUAAGCAACUUGUUUCUUCAUCACAGAGAAGGAGUGAAAGCUAUUCAGAAGAUAAAAAUGAAAUAGAAUCAACUAAUUCAGAUAGUAAUUUAAGGCAAGAAGAUAGUAUUCACAGAGAUAGACGAAGAUCGAAGAGUUUCUUAGAAGACAAGUUUUUGUUAAAGUCUAAAUCUAAGAGUCACAGUAAACAAUCCAAACCAAUUGAAACAGAAUUACAAGAAAGUUUUACAAAACACGAGACUGUUCAGAAACCAGACAGAGAGAAGAACAUGGAAGAGAAUGACACAGAUAAACAAUGCAAAUCCAAGAACGAAGAUAAAGUUUUUGAAGAAAGCAUUGUUGAUUUUGAGCUAGAAAGUGGGAUGCGUUCAAUUUAUAGUUCACAAAAAGACUUUAGCCACAGAGUUAAGUUACAAGCAGGAGAAAAGAUAUCUGUAAAAGAGAAAAAUAAGAGUGAUAAAGAUUUAAGUUAUUCCAAACUAGAAAGAAAGCUGUCAGUAGAAGGUCACAAAAGCAGAAACUUAAAGCAUAGCAAUAAGGAAAUGAAGAAGAAGGAAGAGAGUAACAAAUUGGAGGACAAAGAUAUUAAAGAAAUGGACGGUAGCCAUGAAAAGGUGCAAGGGAUUAUGAUUAUGGAUAAAAAGUCAAGUAAGAAAUUGUCUUGUGAAAAUAAAAAAGGAAGCUUGUCAGCCCAUGAAAUGACAAUGGAAGAGGAAAAAUUAGCAACUGAUAUAUUUGUAACCAGUCAUAUUCCGUCCACUCAAAGACCAAUCAGGACUAGUGAUGACUCAUUACAUUCUGAACAAGGAGAAGAGCCAAUGGAAGUUGAUUCAGAACAGACAUAUGCAAAGGCACAUGAAGCAUCUAAAAUUGAAGAAAAAAGCAGUAGUAAUUCACUACUAGACAUGGACUCUGAAAAUACUGCAAAAGAAAAUACGAACCUACAGAGUUCAAAAAAUGAAUUAAGAAACAGGUUGGCAGAUUUCGAAGCAUGUGUAUCAGAGUUUCCAGCUGACAGAAAUUCUGAACAAACCAUUGAACAUGAAAAAAAUCCUGUUAAAGGAGUAGAUGCACUAGAUACUGUGUCCAAACAAGCUUCUGAGGAGCAAGGACCCAUUAAACAGGGGGCAUAUCAAAUGAACAUUGUGUAUGAAACAAGUGGUAGAAUUUUACUUAAUGCUCCUAUUAAGGAGCAGACUUCAGAAGAUGCCAGAAAACCAAAAAAUUUAAACAAUAAUGUCAAUCCUAUUGAAGAAAGUGUUUCUUUAGCAAUUAAUUCAUCCAGACAAGAUGCUUCCCAUAAAAAGUCCAUGGAUAUAUGUAUCUCAGACUUCACAGACUCUUUGCCUAAUGUAGCUAAAGAGGAAUCUCAUACUUUAGAUAAGAUUUGUUUAAAUAAAGACUCCUUUAUUUUAGACAAAAAUGAAACACAAACUGCAUACAUGAAACAACAGGGUAGCCCUGUGCUAGGUUGUGUUAUGAAAGAAGGUGAGGUCACCAUGAUAGACACUGAAAAAAAAGAUGGUGAGACUCCUCUAAUUGGUGAAGAAGCAGUAGGAGAGAACAUGGGUGAUGUAAGUAUACAAGAAGGUUAUGAUCAAGUGACUAUGUUAGAUAGCGUGCAAAGAAGAAAUGCAUAUAAUGUAACUGGUGGAAUAGAAGGCUUGAUGACUGACCAAGUUGCAGAUCAUGGAGGUAUAAGCAUGAAAAAAUCUGUCUUAAUGAACCUGGGGAAAAAAGAAAGUGAUGAAAACUUAAAUAUUGGCCCUGCUGCAAAGGAAGAAAAGGGUACCAUGGUGGACAUGGUCAAAAAGAGUGAUGGACACGAUAUGGGUGACGCUGUAGAAUCUUCUUUGUUGCUAGUGCCAAUGAAUGUUAUAAGAGUUCCAGAAGAAAUAAUUAAAGACUCUUUUAUAGUUAGUGGAGCAGAAGAAGGUGAUGGCAUAAUAACUGACACUGAAGAUAAAAAUGAAAACAAUGUAGUGGGCACCAGUGCAGGAAGUGUUGAUCACAUAUACAACCAGCUAGAAACAACUGAGGCCACUGCAAUAGGAACUAGCACAGAGAAAAUGAUUGAGAGCACUGUAAUGUCCACCAGUAGAGGAGACGGGAAGGGUGAGGGUGCUGUAAUACAUUCUGAAAAGGAAAGUGAUGCCACAACUACUUGCUCAGAAAAAGAAAGUGAGGUUACUUUAAUCUGCACAAGCAUAGAAGCAGAUGAAGGUUUCACGACAAGUAUAUGGGCGAAAAGUAAUGAAGGUGUCAGUUUCAGCACAGAAGCAGAUGGUGAGUGUACUGUUGCAGCAGCUGAAGAAGGUGGCGGUGUUGUCACUGGAGGAUUUGCAGAAACGGAAGGUUUUCUGACUAGUACAAAGGAAGGAGAAAGUGGUGAGUGCAGCAUGAUUUAUACAGAAGAAAAUGGUAGAGAUUCAGUCAAUGCAGGCAGAAUGGAAAUUGAGGAUAACGUGAACGGUGCUGGGACAGAAGAAAAAGAUGACGCUGUAACUAGUGCAGGCUCAGAAGAGAAGUGCAAGACUUCAAUUUGUAGACGUACAGGCAAAUUUGAAGGUUCUAUUACCUGUAUAGGUGAAACUGAAAGUGACGGUGCUGUAACCAGUGCAGGCACAGAAGCAGGUGAAGGAUCCAUGAGCAGCAACAAUUCAGAUGAAUGCCAGAGUAAUGUAACUGGUGCUGGCCAGUUAAAAGACAGUGAGGGUGCUGUGACUUGUACAGGUGCAGAAGAAAGAGGUCUUGGCUUCAUAAUUGGCUCAGUGACUGGUGUAGAUGCACAAGAAGACAGUGCUGUAACUGGUGCAGGUGUCGAAAUGGUCAUGAACAACAAUACCAUGACAGGAACAAGUGCUGACAAAGGUGAAGAUCCUGUAAAUGGUGAAAGUACAGUGACCAGCACAGGCAUAAUAGCAGAAGAUGAUGCUGAGUCUGCAGCAGUCUGCACAGGACUGGAAGAUAGCAAUGAAGGUUUUGCAGUUGGCUUAGAUAUAGAAAAAUGUGAAAGUGCAAUGGACAGUACAGGAGCAAAAGAAGAAGCUACUAUCGCUAUGAUCAGCAUAGGGCCGUGUGACGAUGAAGGCUUUGUGACUAGCACAGGUGCAAAAGAAGAGGAUGAAGAAGGUGAGGGUAUUGUGACCAGUACAGGAAGAGGAAAUGAAGAAAUAGAGCAUUCUUCAACUUGUGCAGGAAUAGAAGGUGAAAGUGCACUCAUUUGUAUAGGGUCAGAAGAAGGUGAAAGUUCCAUUAUCUGCAUCGUUGCAGAACAAGUAGAAGCUGAGUCAGGUAUGGCUGCCACAAAUAUAAAUAAAGAUGGGGUUGACAGCAAUACUGGUGCAAAGAAAGAAGCUAAUAGUGGCAUAAUCUGCGAAAGUGCAAAGGGGAUAGUUGAGAGCAGCGUGACAAGUGCAAGUGUAGCAGAUGAAGACGCUUUGACCCCAAAUACAGAAAAAGAUGAGGAUGCCAUGAUGUCUAUAGAUGUUGAAGAGUAUGAGGGUCUGAUGACUAGUGCAGUGACAGAGAAAGAUAAGGGUCAGUCUGCUGCCGCAGCUGAAGAGAAGAAUGACAACAGUGCCAAUGGAAAUCAUGGCAGAGAAUGUGAGGGUCCCAUAACCAGUGCAGUCACAAAGAAAGAUGAGAGUCCUGCUGCUUCUACUGAUGAAGAAAAAGCUAAAGGUGACGUGAUCUCUACCAGUACCGUAGAAGAAGGUGAUGCCCCUAUGCCAUGUUCAGCCACAGGAAUUGAAGAAGGUUCCCUCACUGUUGCAAGAACAGAUGAAAAUGAAAGCACUGUGACCUUAAUAGAGAAGGAAGAAUUUGAGGCUCCCAUGCCUAGUACAGCCACAGAAUUCAAAGAGAAUACAUACACUGCCAGCAGUAAACAAGCAAAAGAUGAGUGUACAAUGAUUUCCACCAGUAUUGUGGAAGAAUUUGAAGCUCCCAUGCCCAGUGCAGCUAUGGAAUAUAACAGUCAGGUCACUGCUGCAAGAACAGAAGAAGUGAAUGAGAGUACUGUGUUUUGUAUAGAUAUGGAGAUAUAUGAGGUUGCCAUGCCCAGUGCAUCCAGUGCUAGAGAUGAUGAAAAUCAUCCAACUGCAAGCAGCAAAGAAGAAAAAGAUGAGUGUGCUAUGAUUUCCACAAGUAUAAUGGAAGAACAAGUGAUCCUCAUGUCCAGUGAAGCCACAGAGGAUAGGAUUCAGCAUGUUGCUGCAGGCACAGAAACAAAAAGUGACACUGCCAUGAUCUCCACAAGUAGGGAAUAUUUUGAGGCUCCUAUGCCCAGUGCAGCCACACAAGAUGAGGAUCAACUCAGUGCUUCAGGAACAGAAGGAAGACUGGAGGCUGCCAUGAUCACCAGAAGUGGGACAGAAGAAUGUGCGAUAGUCCUGAUCAGUGCAGCCACACAAGCUGAAAGUCAACUCAUUGCAGCAGAAACAGAAGAAAAAGAUGAGGGUUCCAUGAUCUCCCCAAAUGCAGCAGAAGAAUGUAAGGUUGUUGAGACCAGUGCAGCGAGAGAUGAGCAGCGUGAGCUAACUGCUCUAAACACAGAAGGAAAAAGUGGUGGUUCUAUGAUUUUUGUUAGAAAGGUGGUAGAAUGUGAGGCUCCAAUGCUGAGAGUUGCCAGCAGCAAUGAAGAUCAACACAUUGCUUCAAGUAUAGAAGGUAAAGAGGAAGGUGCUGUGAUCACUCUCAGUACUAUGGAAGAAUGUGACAGUCUUUUCACCUUCUCAGUCAUAGAGGAAAGUCAGCUCGUUGCAGCAAACACAGAAGUAAAAGAUGAAAAUGAUGUCAUCUUUAAUAGUACCAAAGAAGUUGAAUGCAUCCUGUCAUCUACAGACCCAGAAAAAAGUGAUAGUUCUUUGCCUGUGGGUGGUAGAGAAGGAGAUGAAUGCAUAUUUAGGGGAGAAGAGGAGAUUCAUGAGGAUGCUGUGAUGGGAGAAUCAGCAGUAGGUAAGAUCACAGUAGACACUGAAGUUGCAGAAACAGCUGAGACUACAGUGAACCUCAUAAGUGUAGAGGAAGCCCUCUGUAUGGAGAUUAGUACAGAGUCUACAGUCAUUGUUGGCCCUUCUACAGAGAUGGAUGCAAGUGAUGAAAGAGCUGAAGAGUAUAUUCCAUAUGUGGAAGUUACAUCAGAACCUUGUAUUCCUUCAGAAGAAGCAAAAAGGAAUGAUGAUUUUAAAAACAUAGACUAUAAUGUUAACAGUAGCUUAUUAGAAAAUGACUUUUCUGAAACAAGGACUUCACCUCCUAGGGCACAAACGCUUCCACUAGUUUCUAAAUAUGAAAGCAAAUUGACUGUAAAUACCAAGCAGGGUGAAAUAACUAUAGAAGCAAAACUGGGAGAAAAGAGUGACUUCCCCGUGUCUCAUAUGGAUAAACAAUUUGAGAAUGAUGGCAAAAGGAACACUGUGGAAGUAGAUGAUAACCUUGGAAUCGAAGUUUCUUUUCAACAAAAUAGAAGCAUCAAUUCAGGCAAGAAAGAAACUUUACCAAUCUUAACUGAAGAUCUGGAACUGAAAACGAACUUGAAAACUGAAGAGCCACAAAAGUCUAGAAGUCCAACAAGGCAAGAACUGCAUGAGGAGCCCCAUAUUGAAGAUCGUCUAAAAGAUUUGCCUCUGAAGAAUGCUGCUUUGAAGAAAGACCCUAUAGAUGUGGAAAACUCUGACACACAAAGAGUUGAAGAGUGUAGCUACAAAGAAAGGAAAUCUAAAUCUCCAGUAACCACAGAUAAAGAAACAGCACAGGAAACUUCAAAUACCAUAGACAUGACAGCAGCAGCAAAAAUCCAGAUUGAAGUAAAAGAUCAAGAGAUAGAAAUACCUGAUCAGGAAAAAGUAAGCAGCAUGCCAGGAAUGGAAAAAAACCAAUCGCCUACUCGAGAGGGUGAAUCAGAUGAUUAUCCAAUUACUCAAGAUUUGAGAAAAGGAAACAAACCAAGUCAGUGCUCCAAAAUAAAAGAUAACAAGGAUGUGACCUCUGGAGAUACAGCUGAGGUAUCCAAAGAAAUCAUUAGGAAACACAUACCUCUUUCAAGUGCUGUGGAAGAAAAAGAUGAGUUAACCAGCAAGCAGGAUACUUGUGAAAAAGCAAAGCAGAGUCUGGAGUCUAAUUUAAGUUCUGUAGAGGAAAAUCAACCUGUAAUAGUUAAGCGGAAAAGAGGAAGGCCUCGUAAAUACCCUGUUGAAGCAGUACAGAGUAGGGUGGAUUCAGAAGCUGACACGAACACUGGGAAUGUUCAACUGUCUCCAAAUCUUGCUACUAGAGGAAAGUUUUCUCAGACAGCUAAAGACACGUCUAAUAAGAAAGAAACAGCAAAUGAGGGUGAGGCAGGGAAAGCAGAGAUGAUUGUGCGUCGAAGAGGAAGAAAGCCCAGAUGUUCUGUGAUUCCAUCAGAGGAAACUGAAAUACUGGAGCCGGAAAGAAAACGUCGGAAGUUGGCAUCUGCUGCUGAAGAGGAAACAAAAGAACAGGAGGAAGAUGAAGAUGAUGAUGAAGAUGAUGAUGAUGAUGAUGAAGAUGAUGAAACGCAUUCUGGAGCCACAACUAGAUCAGCCACGAGAUUAGAGGCUCAAAAAAAGCAGCCAAGCAAACCAACCACCCGUGCUGCUUCUAAAGGAAACAGCCCAAGUCCAGUUUCUCCUAAAAAACAGCAAAAUUCAGCAGCAAAAAAGAGGUCGCCUAGUGAAGCAAAAGUUAGCAGGUCUCCUCCAUUGGCACAGUUAAAGAUGCAGGCUAGCAAGCGUAAAAGGGAAGCCAGCCCACCAGCGGUACGCAGAAAAGGCCAGCCUAAAGUGGACGAAAUGCCAUUAAAGAAAACAAAGCGAUAAUUGUUACCAUCUGAUAAUAUUCAUGGAAAAGUUGAAAGAAAAGAGAGUGGUCUCUGCUUCUGUGUUUUUGUUUUGUUGUGUAAAAGCAAAGGGAUUUGCAUGUGCUCGUUUCUGAGCUCUAAGUUAAUAGAUGCAGAACUUAAGUUACAUUUUAAACAAUUUUAUAAACUAUUGUUUAUACAGAAUAUUAUACAGAUUAAAAAAAUAAGUUUACUUUGUAUCUGAAAGGAAAACAAAGUAAUUACAGAUUUUAACACUGACUCAGAAAGUUGGGAUUUCCCAAUGUGACAUGCUCAUGCAGAUGCUUCCACUCCAUCAGGCACUAAGGGCCUACUAAUAUUCUUUGUAUAUAAACUUGUAAAAAUAGGUUGUAUUUUACUCUGUGUAUGAAUCUAAUCAAUGAUGAACACUUUAUUUAUUGUAUGGAGGGGACUGGUCUGUAAACUUUAGUAUAUACCUUAGGUUUUAUUAAUGAUAUUUUAAAUUCUAUGCAGCCAUCAGUAGGAGUCUUUUUUUUUCAGGGCUGUCUAAAACCCGAAGUUCUCUGAAAUAUGCUCAGACAAUUGGUAAAGUAUUCUCUCGCAUGUAUUAAAGUAGAUUAGCAUAGUAAAGGGGACUCUCUCUCCCUUUUCUGUUCACAUUCAUAACUAUGUAUAAAAUAGGGAGUGUCAUCUUUCCAGAUUAACUUUCCAUCUCUGAAGUUUUGUACAAACCUCAAAGUAGUCAAUAGUACUAGCUUAGGUUUACUCAGACCAUUUCAGCCAAAGCUACUCUGAAGUACAACAAACUGCUAUGUUUUAUUUCACAACUUAACUGUUCUUUCAGUGUUUGUCUUUCAAUGAAGAGGGACCCAUAGAAGUGAUAUUUAACUUCAAAUAACUAUGGAGCUUCAGCAUUUUAUGUUACAUUUUAUACACAGGUAUUAAAAAAGUAGAACUUGAUGAUAUUGCCAGAAUCUUUUUUUAAUGUAUAUUAAUACUCCUGUAAGAGCAAAUGUUCAAGUUAAGUUUUACAGUUAAGCUUUUCUUAAGAUCAAAUUUGUCUCUUGCAAUGAUAUGAUGAGUUGCCAAAUAAUCUGAGAUUAUUUUAAAAUGUUUUGUUCAUAUUCUUGUUUUAUAAUUAAAAUUAGCAUUCUGUUUUGUUUUUUUACUCGUUAUUGUAAGGCGCAUAUUUGUCAGAUAUUCUACUUGAUUUCUUACUGAGAUUUUAUAUAUAAAUUAUAAAAUGUUUCCCAAAA